AGCUGAGGAGGAAGAGGAGGAGAAGGAGGGAAAUUGUGAGGAGACACCAUCCUUUCUCCUCAUCAUACAAGGGGUCCUUCGACGUUUUGGAUGCCGGUACCUUGGCCAUGAGCGACUCGCUACCCGCCGACGCUGUGGGCCGACGAAUCGAUGUCAGCGGAGAUCUUGCAACCGUGCGCUACGUCGGCAGCGUCCCUCCCACGGCAGGCGUCUGGUUAGGAGUAGAGUGGGACAACCCUCAAAGAGGAAAGCAUGACGGUAGCCACGAAGGAACCGUAUAUUUUAAAUGCAGGAACCCUACAGGCGGGUCCUUUAUCCGUCCGAAUAAGGCAAAUUUUGGGGUAGACUUUCUCACGGCCAUUAAGAACCGGUAUGUCCUGGAGGACGAAGAGGAGGAUGUCGGAAGAGAACAGGCCCUGGUCAUCGGAAACAGACCCGUGGAAACAAUCGGCUUCGAGUCUGUUAAAAAACGACAAAGUCAGCUGAACAGAUUGCAGGAGGUCUCUGUGUGUGGCUAUGCAGUGAGUUGUGCGGGCCCAAAAGGAGAAAUCACAAAGAUGUGUCCUAACAUUAGCAAGAUCGAUCUGUCCAGAAACCUGCUGUCAUCCUGGGGCGAAGUGACACGCAUUGCCGACCAACUCACGGACCUGGAGGUUCUCAAUCUCAGUGAAAACAAACUGAGAUUCCCCCCCGACGAUGCACGGCCGUCCCCCGGGACGUUUUCUGCGCUGAAGGUCUUAGUUCUCAAUCGGACGGGGAUAACCUGGGCCGAGGCCAUGCGGUGUGCUUCGGGCUGGCCAGUGCUGGAGGAGCUGUACCUCGCCGCCAACGACCUCGCCGUUACCUCCAGACCCCCCGACGUGCUGCAGACGCUGUGGCUGCUCGACUUGUCCGACAACCCGCUCGUCGAUGAAAAUCACCUGCGGUUCCUCGCCUCCCUCCCCGGGCUGGAACAGCUGCUCUUGUCCAACACAGGCCUGUCCUCCCUUCACUUUCCCGACGCCGGAAUCGGGGGCCGCACCGCCAUGUUCCCCUCCCUGCAGUACCUGGUCGUCAGCGGCAACCGGAUAACCCAGUGGUCGUUCAUCGACGAGCUGGACAAACUGGGGAGGCUGCAGUCCCUGACGUGCACCCGGACCCCUCUGACGGAAGGAAGCGAGGAGCCGCGGACCGUGCGCCAGCUCAUCAUCGCCAAGAUCGGCCGCCUCAAGGUGCUCAACAAGUGCGAGAUCUUGCCCGAGGAACGGCAGGGAGCGGAGCUUGACUAUCGGAAGAAGUUCGGAAACGACUGGAAGGCGUCCGGCGGGCACCAGCAGCCCGAGCUAGACAAGCCCAGCGCCGAGUUCCUGGCCGCCCACCCCCGAUACCAACUCCUCUGCCGGAGAUACGGGCCGCCCGAAGACGGGGAGCUGAAAGUCCAACAGCCGUUCAUGCUGAAAAACCAGUUGCUAACUCUGACCAUAAAGUGUCCCGACCGACCGGCUCAAAAACUCAUCCAGAAGCAACUCCCGGAUUCCAUGACGGUUCAGAAAGUGAAAGGGUUGCUGUCCCGCCUCUUCAAAGUCCCCGGAUCGGAACUGAGGCUCUCUUAUGAAAGUCCCAAGAUGGAAGGCCGAGAAAUCCAACUAGAAAGUGACCAGCAGCCCUUACAGUUCUACUCUGUGGAAAACGGAGACCGUUUACUAGUGCGGUGGUAACAGGCCCGUCGAGGAACCCGCGCCCCCGGAUCGGGACGCGCGGCCGUGCCCCCGGUGACUUUCGCCACCCGCCUCCGAACGUGUGUCGCGGGGGGGGGCCUCGCUGCUUUAAUAAAAGCUUGCUACCUGCCGGGA